CUAUGAAACUGCUGAAGCAGUGACAGGACAGGCAGAGGAAUAAUUGAGGUGAAUGAUAGUAGAUUAUUGAAGACCAGAAAAUGAGUUUAACAGGGCUGUCUUUGGUAAUCCUGAAGUGUGAGCACAUGAUAUGUGUAAACAUGCAAAAUUUCAGUGAUGGUUAAAAUCAUCUGGACUUUACUGAAGGCUUAUUCCUACAAAAAGACAGAUGCUGGGGGCAUCCAAGGUGCAGUUUGCUCUGCUAAGCUGGUGCUGAAGGCAGGGUAGCCCCUGCCAAGGCUCAGCCCUGCCAUGUCCCCUGCAGGUACUGGACAGUGUCCCCUUAGGUUGCCAGGGGCACUGGUGAGUUGACAUGCCAAAAGCCAAAUCCUCAAGCGGGAGGGACCCGCUUGGGCAGCUGGAGGACCAGGCUACCAGACAUCAUGUGUCUGUGUCUGGAGCCCAGUGACCCCAAGCAUGUGAAGGGAUGAGUUGAGCAGCAGCCGUGCUCAAUAGGACAUUGCCCUGGGGGAUCCUGGGCACAGACACUGGCCUCUCACUGCAAAUAAGAGUAAAACCAACCAGCCAACCUUCGAAAACUGAGCUGCCUUUGGAGUGGGGCCAGCAGCUCAUCCCCUCUGCUGGGUGCUGGGGAGGGCUGUGGGGAGCUGGGCAGGUUUGACAGGCAAAGGGGAGGCAGAGAGGCUCUAACUGCAGCUGCUGCUGCGUGAAUGGGAAUUGCAGAGAGGACUGAGCUGAACUUCCUGUCUGCAGCGGACAUGGAGAAGGGAGCGGGGCGGGCUGGGCUGGGCUGGGCUUGGCUACCACUCCCCCUUGGCAUUGCCAGGGCUACCAUAGCAGCGUUGGGGUGCUGCCAUAGCACCAUUGGGGUGCUGCCAGCUACUGCACAGAUUGGUCAGCAGUUGGAUUAACGUAAUUAGAGGACACCUGCAGUGCUUUGCGCUUGGGACUGCUGCUCAGAGGACCCUUCUUCCUGCAGAAGGAUGGCUGCGAAGAAAAAGGAGGUAGUACUGCAGAUUAACAUCAAUAGCCAGGAGCUUUGGGAAGAAAUGCUGUGUCUCAAAGGACUCAUUGUUAUUGAUGCGUUUCAAACCUGGUGUGGUCCAUGCAAAACAGUAGUGGAUCUUUUCCAAAAAAUAAGGAAUGAAGUUGGCAGUGAUCUCCUGCAUUUUGCUGUGGCUGAAGUUGAUUCCAUUGAUGGUCUGGAAAAAUACAGAGGAAAAUGCGAGCCUGUCUUUCUGUUUUAUGCAGGAGGAGAUUUAGUAGCUGUUGUAAGAGGAGUGAAUGCACCAUUGCUGCAGAAGACAAUCCUUGAACAGCUGGCUGUGGAAAGGAAGGUUUUAGAACAUGGAGGACAGCGUGUGGUAGUUCAAGACAGAAGCUUCUCUAAAGAACAGUAAAAUGUGGCUGCUCUUCAGGAAGAACAACGGGAAGGCUAAAUAGGUCAGGCUAAGGCACCCGUCGGUUCCCAGCCGUUGUCGUGGAGCAGACGCGGGUUUUCCCAAUAAAUACAAGGAUUUCGUGCGGCAGCACCACCAGCUCUGUUCUGUGUCUCUCUCGGCAGCGCGGGCGCCGCGGCCCCUUUAAGACCGGCACCGGGGAGGGUGGUCCCGCCGGGCUGCGCCUGCGCAGG